UUCAAUAAAAAACCUACCCUUCAGCAACGUUUGACCCAUUCUUCUUUAAGUGCGACCUCUGUUCUAAUUGGGUGACUCAUUCUGUUUUAUGUGCGACUUGUUGUAUUUUGUGCGACUGAAACUAUAAAUGUGUGACGAGUUUCAUUUUUCUGCGAGUCUUUUUUCUUUUUGUGCGACUCACUUGAAUUUUGUGUGAGUGGUUUUUCUUUCUACGUGAAUCGGUUUGUUUCAAUGUAAAUCUGUUUUGCUUAUAUUCGAAUCAAUUUAAUUCAAGUGCGUGGCAGUUAUGGGCCACCGUAGCUACAAGGGAGAUAUAGAGAUCCUAUCAGAAGACAAGCCCAUAUGACAUUUAAUCAUGUCACAUAUUGCAAAGCUGUCAUUUCAUUGGACGAAGCAUUUUGAAUGCUACAAGAACAUUGGGUGGCUUCACCAUAAACAUAGCCAGGAGCAAUUAAGAACAAGUCAGACAUCAAGAUUGAAGCUAUGGCGGAGUCAAUUAUCCUUCAAGUUCUGCUUUGCGCUAUUGCAGUUAAAGAAGCUUUGGGAAAUGAUUUGUCAGCUAAGGCAUUGGAAAACAGAUUUUCUAGCACCAUCGACUUCAUGUUGGACCAACUUGAAAACAGAUCAAUGGAUGCUGAAAUUCUUGAAUUUCUCCCAAAGAGGCUCAAACGAGGACCAUUGAUAAGAGAUGAUCCUCAUCUCUGCGAAGACCAUAUCGGUGCUGAUUAUUGCCAGUACCUCAAGAAACAUCGUACGUGUAUCAUUCGCAAGGAGAGAAUGGCGUUUCUUUGCAACAGGACAUGUGGGUAUUGCAAGCCGCCGCCACCAGAAUGCAAAUUUUCAGAGUAUGGCUGCUGCCACGAUGAACAAACUCCUGCAAAAGGAAAAGACUUCAAAGGAUGCGAAGAAUCAUGUCUUGAUAUAAAUGGCGCCGUCUUCUGCAAAGACUUCCAAAGAAUGGGUUUUUGCGAGAAGAGACCAGAAAUAGGCAAGAGGAGCUGUAAAAAGACCUGCUCAUUUUGUCGCCCGUGUAUCGAUGAUAUAUCCUGGCAAUGCAAAGCUAUAAAGUUUCAUGGAUUGUGCAAGAAACUAAAGUUCAUCGUUUUGAACAAAUGUCGUAAAACAUGUGAUCUAUGUGACGACAAGGAUCCUUGCUCCUCACACACGUGUCCCAAAGAUAUGAAAUGCGAAAUAAGUUCGCAUGGAUUCCCACAAUGCAUCUGCAAGUUUCUUUGCCACGAGGGUGACACACUUACAGGAAGGGUUUGCGGUAGAGAUGGAAAAGAGUACGAAGACUUGUGCGCAUUAAAACAGCGAAACUGCAAUGGAGUCAAGGUGAAAGCAAAAAGUUUCGGUCAAUGCAAAAUGUUUGACUUCAUGAGAGGAUUAUCGUGCCGUAAAACCAGAGACCUUGGCCUAUGCAGGAUUUGGAAACGAUUAGGAUACUGCAUAGCAAUGAAGGAUAGAAUUGCAAAAUACUGUCCACACGAGUGCGGCUUUUGUAGUGCAAAAGCAAGUCUACCUCCUUGUCAUUAUUCCAAGUACGGCUGCUGCGUUGACUCCACAACACCAUGCCAAGGGCCAAAUUAUGAAGGUUGUCUUGAUAAAGAAAAAUGCAAAGAUAAGCACCCUUUACUAUGCAGACGCUUCGUUGCAGCAUGUGGUGAAAGGGCUAACAAAAUAUUCAUGUCCAAAUUUUGCCCUGUGACAUGCUUUUUAUGUUCAAAAAGAAAUGAAGAAUGAUAAAAAAGCCGUUCAACACAAUCAAGCAAUUUUGCUUCAUCACAAUUGGUUGACAAUGCAAGUAGCAGCAGCAUAUAGAGUUGUUUUUAGAUGCUACAGUUUUUGAUAAUAAAGAACAGUUGGAUGAAUUUGUCUGUGUUUAAAAUAUUUCUGUAUUUUAGUUUUCACGGUAUUCUGACGUUGUAAAAAACGAGCAUCGUCAUAGACGCAUUAUAACCCAAGUUACCCUCAAAAUAAAAGUGAAGUCAAUUGCGAAUUAAAGGUAUCCUGUGUAGCAAAGAUAAGAAGCUAAUCUUUAAAAGGGAGCCAAAUCUGGAUUCCCUCCUCAUUUUUUACGCAAUACAGUCAGGGGCGUCGUUACCGGUAGGCUUUGGGGGUGUGCACCCCCCCCCCCCCCAAUAGUAUCUCGAUAGGAAAUUUCAGGUAAAAUCCGCUCA